AUGAGUGAUUCACUAGCAUCCGCCUUGGGCCAGCUAAGCCUGAAUAGCAAGGAUUUGGAUUCAGCAUCACUUGAAACGCGACUUGCCGAGGAGCAGGCCGGUACAUUCGAAAGACAACAACCUCGCAAACAAAUUAGCCAGAGUAGGGAGGAUCUUUUGCGAGAUCUGGAAGACGAUUUUCUGAAGCCCUCCGCUACAUUCAACUCGAAAUGGUUGAAUCAGCUGCAAAAGCGAUGGGAUGUCCCGGCGGACUCGACCGAUCUCUUCGAAAUUGCCCCGACGCAAACACGCACUGUCACGAGAUUCACACGCGAAGGACUGGAAGGACGGGUCACCGGCUAUCAGGAGAUCACCGUUCCGGCCACAAGCAUCAACGCAAAGAACUCAACCUCAUUUCUUCGGCGACCGGCUGGUCGUGCAGAAUUUGUUCGAGGCGCAGCGGGGUUCUUCCCCUUUGCGCCAGGUGGCUUGGAAGGUGUUGAGGCAAUUGCUGAAAUCGAGGCAGAUGCCGAGUUCACAGAACAGUCGCGCUCUGGAAAGCCAGGCGGUCUGGACCGCAUUAUCAACUUCGGUUCAGAGGGCGGACUCUUGACAACAGCUCCUGGGUUUGACCGUGGACUCAGAUUCGCAGAAGAAAAGUCCAAAGAGGUCGUAGAGGGAGAAGAGGAGGUUGAACAUGCACUCAACCAGGAGGAAAGCGAUACCAAGGCUGACAACCUCGAUGAGGCCCAAGAUAAGGAUGGUGCUGUCGAGGUCGACGCUGCAGAUGAGGAGCUCAGUGACGAAGAAGAUAUUGAUGCUCUGCUGCCAGUCGAGUUCCCUGCACUUGAGCCGCACAACCCGCUACUUGCGGGUCUCCAGAAAAACAAGGGCCGGGAGUGGGCACACGUCGUGGACAUUAACAAGGAAAUCCCCAACUUCCACGACUUGGUCCCAGAUAUGGCUAGAGAAUGGCCAUUCGAGCUGGAUGUUUUCCAAAAGGAAGCAGUCUAUCACCUGGAAAAUGGUGAUUCGGUCUUUGUUGCAGCACACACAUCAGCAGGAAAAACAGUUGUCGCUGAGUAUGGAAUCGCACUGGCUGCGAAGCACAUGACGAAGGCCAUCUACACAUCACCCAUCAAAGCACUCAGCAAUCAGAAGUACCGAGAUUUCCGCACCGAGUUUGAUGAUGUCGGUAUUUUGACGGGUGAUGUGCAAAUUAAUCCCGAAGCUAGCUGUCUGAUCAUGACGACGGAGAUUCUGCGGAGUAUGCUUUACCGUGGUGCAGACCUUAUCCGCGACGUUGAGUUCGUUAUCUUCGACGAGGUCCAUUAUGUAAACGAUCUUGAGAGAGGUGUGGUGUGGGAAGAGGUCAUCAUCAUGCUUCCUGAGCAUGUCACCCUGAUCCUCCUGUCCGCUACCGUCCCCAACACCCACGAGUUUGCAUCCUGGGUCGGUCGUACCAAGAAAAAGGACAUUUACGUGAUUUCAACCCCCAAGCGACCUGUGCCGUUGGAGCACUAUCUGUGGGGUGGAAAGGACAAAUUCAAGAUUGUUGAUUCCAACAAGAGGUUCCUUGAGGCUGGCUGGAAGAAGGCUAAUGACGCCUUGUCUGGCAAGGACAAAGAAAAGACCCAAAAGGAGGCAGAGCUCCAGGCUCAGGCACAAGGUCAGGCCCAACGAGGAGGUGGCCGAGGAGGAGGACGUGGUCAGCCUGCCGGUAGAGGCGGCGCACGGGGUAACGGGCAGCGUGGAGGCCCGCAGCAGAGGGGCCGAGGACAGGGUGGUCGAGGAGGGCCCUCCAGCCGUGGGACAGGAAACAUUGCUCGCACCGGGCGCGGAGGGUUCCGCACGUCUGCUGCCCAGGAUAAAACCAUCUGGGUUAAUCUUGUCUCGCAUCUUCGUAGGGAAGACCUACUCCCAGCAUGUAUCUUCGUCUUCUCGAAGAAACGGUGCGAAGAGAAUGCAGACUCGCUGUCCAACCAAGACUUUAGCACCGCCAACGAUAAGAGUCAGAUCCAUAUGAUGAUCGAAAAGUCACUCACUCGACUCAAGCCCGAGGACCGAACGCUCCCCCAAAUCCUUCGCCUUCGAGAGCUUUUGGGCAGAGGCGUUGCUGUGCACCAUGGUGGUCUUCUGCCCAUCAUGAAGGAGGUUGUCGAGAUCCUGUUUGCUAGAGGCUUGGUUAAGGUUCUCUUCGCGACAGAGACCUUUGCGAUGGGGUUGAAUCUGCCAACCAGAACAGUUGUUUUCUCUGGAUUCCGCAAGCAUGACGGCAAGUCUUUCCGAGAUCUUCUGCCUGGCGAGUACACCCAAAUGGCGGGACGUGCAGGACGUCGUGGUCUUGACACGGUAGGAUAUGUGAUCCUUGUCUCCACCGGCAGAGACGAAGCUCCACCCGCUGGUUCUUUGAAGACAAUGAUUCUUGGAGACCCCACAAAGCUCAGGUCUCAAUUCCGACUUACUUACAACAUGAUUCUGAAUCUCCUUCGCGUCGAGGCGCUCAGAAUUGAAGAGAUGAUAAAGCGCAGUUUUAGUGAAAAUGCGACUCAAGCUCUGCUACCUGAGCAGGAAAAACAAGUCCAGCUCUCCGAAGCUAGUCUGGCCAAAAUCAAGCGGGAGCCAUGUGAAAUCUGUGACGUGGACCUUCUAGCGUGCCAUGCCGCUGCAAUGGAAUACGAAAAACUUACGAAAGAGCUGCACAUGGGAUUGAUCGCGUCACCUGUCGGUAAACGAUUAUUCUCCAUCAAGAGCCUGGUCGUGUACAGAAAGGAUGGAUUACGAACUGCUGGUCUCCUCAUGAAAGAGGGCGUCUCCGGUGGCCCUGUGCCCUAUCUACAGAUUUAUGAGAUCGGUACGAUCAGCAGCAAACGGCAUCCCAGCGACAUCCUACCAUUCUUGCCUAUCUUCCGGCCAUAUUUCCAGGCACUGCCCCCGAAUUCUGCUUCGAUGCACCUCAAGACUAUCAGGGUCCCCCUGGAAGACCUCGAAUGUGUUACAAACACACAGGUCAAAGUCGGCGGACCCGUCUGGACCGCGCUGAGAAAAAACCCCCGACCAGAAUCUAACAAGUUCGCGGAUAAAGAAUUAACUAGAUACACUGACUCGUGGCUCAACACGGCAUGGGAUGAGGUAGACUGGUCUCGGGUCAAGGAGUUGCAAGUGCGUGAUACUCUUGCUCAGCGGCAAGCCCAGGUAGACAUCAUGCAGUCGUGCCACUGUCUUUCGUGCCCCAACUUCAUGAAACAUUUUGAAAUGCAACAUGACGAGUGGCAAAUCAAAGAGAACAUUUCACACCUGAAGCAGCUGAUGUCCGAUCAAAAUCUUCAACUGCUUCCCGACUACGAGCAGCGUAUUCACGUUCUCAAAGAGCUCGGAUUCGUUGACGAGCAAUCCAGAGUGCAAUUGAAAGGAAAGGUGGCCUGUGAAAUCCACUCCGCUGACGAGUUGGUCUUGACCGAAUUGAUUCUGGAGAACGUUCUUGCCGAAUUUGAGCCUGAAGAGAUUGUCGCGCUCCUCUCCGCCUUUGUGUUCCAGGAGAAGACCGAGACUGUCCCUACCCUGACCCCUCGCCUGCAGGCUGGUCAGAAGACUAUCAUCGCCAUCGCCGAGAAGGUGAACGACUUCCAGAUCUUGCACCAGGUGAUCCAAUCCACAGAAGACUCCAAUGACUUUGAAAGUAAGCCCCGAUUUGGGCUCGCGGAGGUGGUUUAUGAAUGGGCCAAAGGAAUGUCUUUCAACCGUAUCACCGACCUCACCGAUGUCAUGGAAGGUACCAUUGUCCGCUGCAUCACUCGACUGGAUGAGACUUGUCGAGAGGUCAAAAACGCAGCCAAGCUUGUCGGUGACCCAACCCUUUACACCAAGAUGCAGCAGGCGCAGGAGCUGAUCAAGCGAGAUGUGAUUUUUGCCGCGUCCUUGUACAUGUGA